UGGGGAGGGGGGAGCACCAUGCAGUUUGUAUCCUGGGCCGCAAUGCUAAUGCUCCUGGUGCGGGACUUGGCCGAGAUGCGGAGCCCAGACGCCGCGUCCGCCGUGCGCAAGGACAGGCUGCACCCGAGGCAAGUGAAGUUAUUGGAGACUUUAAGCGAAUACGAAAUCGCGUCUCCCCAGCGAGUGAACGCGUCUGGAGAACCUUUUCCCACGAACGUGCACUUCAAAAGAAGGCGACGGAGCAUUGACUCUGCCUCUGACCCCCGGCCUGCCUUCGCCUCCUCCUCUUCCUCCUCUACCUCCUCCCAGGAGCAUUACCGCCUCUCCGCCUUCGGCCAAAACUUUCUAUUUAAUCUCACCGCCCAUGCCGGAUUUAUCGCGCCACUGUUCACUGUCACUGUGCUCGGGGUGCCCGAGGUGAACCAGACUAAGUUUUAUUCCGAAGAGGAAACUGAACUCAAGCACUGUUUCUACAAAGGCCACGUCAAUACCAGGACGGAGCACACGGCCGUCAUCAGCCUCUGCUCGGGAAUGCUGGGCACAUUCCGGUCCCAUGAUGGAGAUUAUUUUAUUGAACCACUGUUGUCCAUGGAUGAACAAGAGAAUGAAGAGGAGCAAAACAAACCCCAUAUUAUUUAUAGACGCAGCGUCCCCCAGAAGGAGCCCUCCACAGGAAAGCAUGCCUGUGACACCUCAGAACACAGAAGCAAUCGCAGGAAAGACAAGAGGAAAACCGGCCGGAGGAAAUGGGGAGGUGCAAAUAGCCUGGCAGAUGAUCUGGCAGCACUGGACAGCGGGCUGGCAGCCGAGGUGGUCUCUGCUUCCAGGAACAAGACCGACAGCCCCAGGGACAAGAGAACCCACAGAAGGACCAAACGCUUUUUAUCCUACCCACGAUUUGUAGAAGUCAUGGUAGUGGCGGACAAGAAAAUGGUUUUAUACCACGGAGCGAACCUUCAGCACUAUGUUUUAACCUUAAUGGCCAUUGUAGCCUCUAUCUAUAAAGACCCAAGUAUUGGAAAUUUAAUUAAUAUUGUUAUUGUGAACUUAGUUGUGAUUCAUGAUGAACAGGAAGGACCUCUCAUAUCUUAUAAUGCCCAGACAACAUUAAAAAACUUCUGCCAGUGGCAGCAUUCGAAGAAUUACCCAGGUGGGAUCCGGCAUGAUACUGCUGUGCUUAUUACAAGACAGGACAUCUGCAGAGCUCAUGACAAGUGCGACACCUUAGUCAAUCCUUGCUGUUCUUACCCCCAUCUCAUAGGUCUGGCUGAGCUGGGGACCAUCUGUGACCCCUACAGAAGCUGUUCUAUCAGUGAGGAUAACGGCUUGAGUACAGCUUUUACAAUUGCCCAUGAGCUGGGCCAUGUGUUCAACAUGCCUCACGAUGACAGCAGUAAAUGUAAAGAGGAAGACGUGAAGAGCAUCCAGCAUGUCAUGGCCCCCACCUUGACCGUCAACACCAACCCCUGGGUGUGGUCAAAGUGUAGUCGAAAAUAUAUCACUGAGUUUUUAGACACUGGAUACGGUGAAUGUUUGCUUAACGAACCUGAAUCCAGACCCUACCCUUUUCCUCCUCAACUGCCAGGCCGCCUUUACAACGUGAAUACACAAUGUGAAUUGAUUUUUGGACCAGGAUCUGAGUUGUGUCCAUACAUGCAGGUGCAGUGUAGACGGCUGUGGUGCAAUACGAAUCGAAAAUCUCAAAGUUGCCAGACACUGCACACCCCCUGGGCUGACGGGACAGAGUGUGAACCUGGAAAGCACUGCAGGUUUGGAUUUUGUGUCCCCAAAGACAUGGAGGUCCCUGUGGUCGAUGGAUCCUGGGGAAGUUGGAGUCCCUACGGAAGCUGCUCGAGGACCUGCGGUGGGGGCAUCAAAACAGCUGUCCGCGAGUGCAACCGGCCAGAGCCAAAAAACGGUGGCAAGUACUGUGUUGGGCGCAGAAUGAAAUUUAAAUCCUGCAACACGGAGCCGUGUUUUAAGCAGAAGCGGGACUUCAGAGAGGAGCAGUGUGCUCACUUCGAUGGGAAACACUUUAACAUCAAUGGUGUGCUCCCCACCGUGCGCUGGGUCCCCAAGUACAGCGGAAUUUUGAUGAAGGACCGGUGCAAAUUGUUCUGCAGAGUGGCUGGGAGCACAGCCUAUUACCAACUCGGAGACAGGGUGAUAGAUGGAACUCCUUGUGGCCAGGACACAAAUGAUAUCUGUGUCCAAGGCCUUUGCCGGCAAGCUGGAUGUGAUCACAUUUUAAACUCCAAAGCCCGGCGAGAUAAGUGUGGUGUUUGUGGUGGUGAUAAUUCUUCAUGCAAAACUGUAGCAGGAACAUUUAAUACUGUACAUUAUGGUUACAACACUGUGGUCCGAAUUCCAGCUGGUGCUACCAAUAUUGAUGUGCGACAGCACAGUUUCUCAGGGAAAUCAGAGGAUGACAACUAUUUAGCCUUGUCAAGCAGUAAAGGUGAAUUCUUGCUAAACGGGGACUUCGUUGUCACAAUGUCCAAAAGGGAAAUCCGUGUCGGGAACACAUUGAUUGAGUACAGCGGCUCUGACAAUGUCGUGGAGAGGAUUAACGCCACUGACCGCAUCGACCAGGAACUUUUGCUUCAGGUUCUCUCCGUGGGAAAGUUAUACAAUCCUGAUGUGCGCUACUCUUUCAAUGUUCCCAUCGAUGACAAACCACAGCAGUUUUACUGGAACAGUUACGGGCCCUGGCAAGCCUGCAGCAAACCCUGCCAAGGGGAACGGAAACGAAAGCCUGUUUGCACCAGGGAAUCUGACCAGCUUCCUGUUUCUGAUCAAAGAUGUGAUCGUCUGCCACAGCCAGGACCCAUCACAGAGCCCUGCGGCAUGAACUGUGACUUGAGGUGGCAUGUGGCCGGCAGGAGCGAAUGCAGUGCCCAGUGCGGGCUGGGCUACCGCACGUUAGACAUCUAUUGUGCCAAGUACAGCAGGCUGGAUGGGAAGAUUGAGAAGGUUGACGAUAGUUUUUGCAGCAGUCACCCCAAACCAAACAACCAGGAGAAAUGCUCAGGAGAGUGUAACACAGGCGGCUGGCGCUAUUCGGCUUGGACAGAAUGUUCUAAAAGCUGUGAUGGUGGAAGCCAAAGAAGACGGGCUAUUUGUGUAAACAACCAAAAUGAUGUCCUGGAUGACAGCAAAUGUACCUACCAGGAAAAAGUCACCACUCAGAGGUGCAACGACUUCCCCUGUCCACGAUGGAAAUCAGGAGAUUGGUCAGAGUGCUUGGUCACCUGUGGCAAAGGGCAUAAGCACCGCCAGGUCUGGUGUCAGUUCGGUGAAGAUCAAGUGAGCGAUAGGAUCUGUGACCCUGAGGCCAAGCCAGCUUCCAUGCAGACGUGUCAGCAGCCGGAGUGUGCGUCCUGGCAAGCAGGUCCCUGGGGACAGUGCAGUGUCACUUGUGGACAGGGCCACCAGCUGAGAGCAGUGAAGUGCAUCAUGGGGACUUACAUGGCGGUGGUGGAUGACAAUGACUGCAAUGCAGCCACGAGACCGACUGACACCCAGGACUGUGAGUUGUCACCUUGUCAUUCUCCCCCAGUGGCCCCACAACCCAGGAGAAACUCACACAGCAUGCCAAGGACCCAGUGGAGAUUUGGGUCCUGGACUUCUUGCUCGGCCACCUGUGGGAAAGGCAUCCGGAUGAGAUACGUCAGCUGCCGGGAUGAGGAUGGCUCAGUUGCCGAUGAGAGCGCCUGUGCUAGCCUGCCCAGACCCGUGGCAAAGGAGGAGUGCUCAGUGACACCUUGUGGGCAGUGGAAGGCUUCGGACUGGAGCGCUUGCUCCGUGACGUGUGGGCAAGGUAGGGCAACUCGGCAAGUGGUAUGUGUCAACUACAGUGACCACGUCGUUGAUCAGAGUGAAUGUGACCUGGAUUACAUCCCAGAGACUGAACAGGACUGCUCCAUGUCACCCUGCCCACGGUGGACUCCUGACAGAGACUUGGCUAUGUACCCUUUGCCAAACGAGGACUUCCGGCCCAGGGGCUCCAGUCCCAGCCGUACCCAUGUGCUUGGCGGAAAUCAGUGGAGAACAGGCCCCUGGGGAGCGUGUUCCAGUACAUGUGCUGGCGGGUCCCAGCGGCGGGUCGUGGUGUGUCAGGACGAAAACGGGUACCCAGCGAGGGACUGCGUGGAGAGGAUCAAACCCGAUGAGCAGAGAGCGUGCGAGUCUGGCCCAUGUCCUCAGUGGGUGUUUGGCAGCUGGGGAGAGUGCUCGAGGCCUUGCGGGGGCGGUGUGAGGUCCCGGCAGGUGGUCUGCCAGCGGGCCGGCGGGCAGCGUGUGCCGGACCUGAGCUGUGAUGUGCUGGAGAGGCCCCCGGACCGCGAGCCGUGUGGCGCGCACGCGUGCCCGGACGCAGCCUGGAGCGCCGGCGCCUGGAGCUCGUGCUCUGUCUCUUGUGGUCGAGGGCAUAAGCAGCGAAAUGUUUACUGCAUGGCAAAAGAUGGAAGCCAUUUAGAAAGUGAUUACUGUAAGCACCUUGCUAAGCCACAUGGGCACAGGAGGUGCCGAGGAGGACGGUGCCCCAGAUGGAAGGCUGGCGCAUGGAGUCAGUGCUCGGUGUCUUGCGGCCAAGGUGUACAGCAGCGGCAGGUGGCCUGUCAGAUCGGAACACAGAAAGCAGCCAGAGAGAGCGAGUGCAACCCGGUUGUCAGGCCAGAGGCGCAGCGUGUCUGCCAAGCCCCACCGUGCCCUGUCCACACUUGGAGGGCAGAGCAAUGGCAAGAGUGCUCCAAGACCUGUGGCGAGGGCUCCCGGUUCCGCCAGGUGGUGUGCAUGAACGAGAAGCAGGCUGAGGUCCACAGCAGUCUCUGCAGUGCCAGCCAGCGGCCCCCAGACCGUGAGAGCUGCAGCUUGCAACCCUGCGAGUAUGUCUGGAUCACGGGAGAAUGGUCGGAGUGCUCAGUGACCUGCGGAAAGGGCUACAAACAAAGACUGGUCUCCUGCAGUGAGAUUUACACCGGGAAGGAGAACUACGAAUACAGUUACCAGACCACAGUCCACUGUCCAGGCAUACAGCCCCCCAGAGUCCAGCCUUGCUACCUGCCAGAAUGUCCUGUCUCUGCCACUUGGAGAGUCGGCAACUGGGGCAGCUGUUCCGUGUCUUGCGGUGUCGGAGUGACACACAGAUCCGUGCAGUGUUUAACCAAUGAGGACCAACCCAGCCACUUAUGUCCCCCUGAUUUGAAGCCAGAAGAACAAAAAACCUGCCACAAUACUUACAACUGCGAGCUGCCUCAGAACUGCAAGGAGGUCAGAGGCCUCAACGGGGCCAGUGAGGAUGGUGAAUAUUUCCUGAUCGUUAGAGGAAAGCUCCUAAAGAUAUUCUGUGCAGGGAUGCAAUCCAACCGCCCCAAGGAAUAUGUGACACUCAUUCAUGGUGACUCUGAGAAUUUCUCUGAGGUUUAUGGACACAGGUUGCACAAUCCAACAGAAUGUCCGUACAACGGAAGCCGUCGUGACGACUGCCAGUGUCGGAAGGAUUACACCGCGGCUGGGUUUUCCAGCUUCCAGAAGAUCAGGAUAGACCUGAGCAGCAUGCAGAUCAUAACUACCGACCUACAGUUUGCAAGGACAAGUGAAGGACAUCCCGUCCCUUUUGCCACCGCCGGGGACUGCUACAGUGCUGCCAAGUGCCCCCAGGGCCGCUUCCGCGUCAACCUGGACGGCACCGGCCUGGCCCUGAGCGAGGCGGCGCGCUGGACCUCACAGGGCAACUAUGCUGUCUCCGACAUCAAGAAGUCGGCGACGUGCCCUGUCUUCCCGGAGAGGCAGGGAAGGGCUUCUGAUGCCUUCGGGUGUCACCCUUGCUGCCACCGCUGCUGUGCUGUCUUCAGAUCAGUGACCUCAAGGAAAGCAGCCACAAAGCCUGCAUGUCAGAGCCACACCUCUCACUGUCCCCAGGGAACCUGUGUCCAUGGUGCCUCUACAGCUUCCUGGCCAUGGUCCUCACUGCCAUCUUGUCUGAGGGACAGACAGACUCCCCACUAGGCUGCACUGCCCAAGGAUUCUGUUUUGGGGAUCCUACCUCAAUAUCCCCACUUUGAGCCCCAGAUAAUCACCCUUCACUACCCUGGCUUCACUGCUGAGAACCACAGAGACAGGGACACACUCACUUUUCCAAGCAUGCUCAGCAAGAACACACUCUCCCCGAGCCUCCCUGGAAGAAAACUUCAGUUACUUGGGGUCAGACUCCCCGGGGCUACCUCCAUUGGUCAGGAGGCCAUCUGUGGCAGAAAUAAGCCACAGCAUCAAGUUCACUCCCUCGUCUGCAGUGGAAAGGGCCCCUUCUCCUACUUUAACUUAAAAAAACCCAUUAUGGCUAUAAUUCAGGCACCAUCAUCCCCUUAGUCCUCCAGAGAUACUCAGGGCUCCCCAGCAGUUGCCUGAAGGCUCAUAGUACCAAGCCCCAUGUGUACUAGGUUUUCCCCCAGACUUUCACAGUGUGAUGAAGUUUAAUUUAUAAAUUAGGGAUGAAAAGAGCCUAACAACAACUGAGAGUAAGGUGGGGCAGUUCUAACAAAGGACCAUAAUCCAACAUGUGAGCCAGGUGAGGUGAUACAGGCCUGUGAUCCCAGCACUCUGGGAAGCUGAGACAGGAAGAUCUCAAGUUUGAGUCCUGCCUGGGCAGUUUAGCAAUUCAUCAAGGCUCUGUCUCAAAAUAAAGGCUGAUAGGGGAAGCUCACUGCAGAGGCUUCAGUUCAACCCCAAGUACAACAAACAAACAAAAGCAAAAGUGCUGUGUGAAUGUGAUCUCUGUAAAUCUCUGAGUAUGGAACUUCUGUGAUGACACAGACACUGCAAGGAGAGCCUGCACGUCGAGACCCAGCGAGGUGAACGGUGCGCAUACAGGCAGGGCUCCUCUGUAGGGGCCCUUGAACAUGGAUGUUAUGUGAGAUGCCUGCGCUGCCUGUGCCAGUCCACUGGAUGGCAGAGAUGGUGCCAAGUGAUGAGUUCACAGUGGUCCACACAUCGUGAAUCCACCAAGCAGGGAUGAGUCAUGCCCUGGGGGACAGAGGGCAGUGACCAGAGAACACUUGGAAGGGUACAAGAUUUACCCUGUGGAUUUCUGGGAUUUCCAUGUAGUACACCCAGACCACAGCUGACUCCAGGUAGCUGAAACUGUGGGAGGGGAAACCCCAGAUAAGCACAGCCUAGGAAGCUGCUAACUGGGUGGUUUACGUGGCUUAACUCCAUGUCUUCCUCUGGCUGUCUCAUAGGCAGAAAGUUGGAACAGCAAGACGAGAAAAGCCAGAGUUCGGGGAGGGCUGCCUGGGGAGAUGGGCAGAGGUGCACCUGGCACCUGGGUGGAGGCUGUCUCACCACCUGCAGGGGUGUGGCCCUGAGCCACAGCGAACCCCCCAACCCGCCGCGCCGUGGCUGCUGAGAGUAGAGGGGACCUCAUCCGAUCACGCAGGAGAUGGGCUUGCAUCUUUGGGCCCUUGUGAAGCACACAUUUGUAAAAAAUCGAUAUUUUAGGAAAAAAGUCUUAAUCUCCUCAUAUAUUCUAGCUGUUCAUAGGAAUGCACGUCUGUAAUCCCAGCACUCUGGGAGGCCGAGGCAGGAAAAUGGCAAGUUUCAGAGUAGCCUAGGCAGCACGGUGAUGGAACAAGACCUUGUCCCCAAAAUAAAUAAUGAUAAAAGGGCUGGGAAACAGCUCAGUACACAGGCCUUGGGUUUAAUAACCAGUACUAAAGAAUAAAAAAAAACAAAUAAAGUUACAAAUUUUUUUGAAAAAAGAAACAC